GUCACAAGGCAUCAUCACUUCUAGCACUCUCUCAGGUGCCUUCUGCCGAGCCUGAGCAGGGCCAGGUUCUGCAAACUCUGCCCAGCCUAAGCACGUUUUCUUACUCUCUGAGGCAAUGCAGAGACCCUCACUCUCUCCCAGCAAUGUCUAAACUCAGCUCUCGGGCAUGCCUUAUUCAACUUCAGCUGUGACCCACACAAGGAAGGACGCCAGAGGAAAGCUACCUGAGUCAUCCAUGGCUCCCUGGUCAGAGCUAGCCAUGACGAGGACUUGUACCUGCAUAUACCAUUUCCUUGUUCUGAGCUGGUAUAUUUUUCUCAAUUAUUACAUCUCACAGCAAGGAGGGGACCAGCAGAAAUCCAAAAUCUUUCUAAAUGGUGGACACUGGAAGUACUUGACAUUCCUAAAUCUGCUCUUGCAGGCCAUUUUCUUCGGGGUCGCCUGCAUGGAAGAUGUGCUAAAAAGAAUUAAGGGAGAGAAAGACAUUAAGUUCAUGACCACCUUCAGAGACCUGCUUUUUACCACGCUGGCUUUUCCAAUCUCCACAUUUGUAUUUUUGUCAUUCUGGAUCCUCUUUCUUUAUGAUCGAGAGCUUGUUUACCCUAAGGCCCUAGAUGGUAUCUUUCCAGUAUGGCUGAAUCAUGCAAUGCACACAUCCAUAUUGCCCUUCUCACUGGUGGAGGUCAUGCUCAGGCCACAUUGCUAUCCCCGGAAGAAGAAAGGCCUCACUGUGUUGGCUGGCGCCAGCAUUAUGUACAUCACCAGGGUCCUAUGGAUCUACUCUGACACGGGUACGUGGGUGUAUCCUGUGUUUGCCAAACUCAGCCCGGUGGGUCUAACAGCCUUCUUCUCUCUCAGCUACAUCUUUAGUGCUGGCAUCUAUCUACUUGGAGAGAAACUCAACCACUGGAAAUGGGGUGACGCGAUGCAGCCAAGGAAAAAGAGGAAAUGAUCACAGGCCAUUUUCCAAGAACAAAGGAGGAAAAAAACAUGAGAGUUUUUGGUUUUGGUUUUGUUUUUUUCUGGUUGAGGGAGGUGGUGGAGCAACAAAAGAAGGUAGAAAGGACAGAGAAUGACAUUUAAAUGUAAUAAGAGUGUUUAUGAAGGUAGAUUAAUUUGGGGACUCUUCGUUUUUUCAAAGUUUACUGGACAUGCAAGAAACAAUAACUGCUGUCUCAGAAUCUGUUAGCUUCGUCUGGCCUCUGUGGUCAAAAUCCAGCCAAAGGCAAAGGAACCUUGCACAAACUCGGGGUUAGAGAAUGUUUAGAGAGGGAAAUAAUUUAGGAUCACUGAAACUAUUCACCUUACCAAAGAGUGUGUUGAGGACCUAGCUGAGAAGUAACCUGCAUGAAGCCAAAGAGCUAAUGUCAGAACCAAGACAAUAGCAUUUAGCCCCCAGAUCUUCUAACUCCCAUCCUCUGCAAUUUUUAAUGACCCCAACCUUCCUAAAAACAAGUAUUUUUAUCAACUAGUUAUUUUCAUGGAUUGCUCAUGUUUUGUUUUGUUUUCCUUAGUCUAGAUAGAGAUGUAGGGAGAUGAGUGCUAUACGGAAGUUAAAUUGUCCACCUGAUAGGAGAGCAAAGUAAUUGGGGCAAUGAGAAAGUAAGUUCUAAAAAAUAUGGGGAAAUCUGUGCCUCUUGUGAACAAGGAUUCAGGGCAGGUCCAAAUAUGGGACUUAGUGACAUCACCAUCAAAAUCUCUUCUAUUGGAAUAUUGAUGAAUUUGUCAUAAAAGUACAUCUUACUUGGGGA